AUGGUGAGCAUCAUGAAGGAGGAUCUCAUCGAGCCCCUCGAGAUUGAGAUUACCGGGGGCCUUGCCAACUGCAAUGCAAUCAAAACGACCAACGCGAAGCCGUGGUACGAAGACAUUAAGAACUUCUUGCAAACUAGCCAAUAUCCCCCAUUCGCCGAUCGCCGCGAUCGGAAGAUGCUUAGACGCCUCGCGAUACACUACUUCCUGAGCGGCGAGACACUUUAUCGUCGUUCCUUCGACUCCACGCUACUUCGGUGUAUCGACGAACAUGAAGCGCGACGCCUCAUGGAGGAAGUGCAUGGGGGGAAUUACGGGCCCCAUAUGAAGGGGCUCAUACUCGCUAAGAAGCUCAUGCGCUUAGGCUAUUACUGGUCCACCAUGGAGACCGACUGCAUAAAGCACGUAAGGCGUUACCACUAG